UCCUGCCUUCUUCCCUCCUCCUAUAAUUCAUAACUUUGCUCAAUUUUCCAGUCUAGACCUGCAUCUUUAGACCACACCCCAGCCAACUCAUACUGGCACCCCUAAUUCCUCUUCUAAUGCCCUUUCCUGGGUUCUUUUUCAUUGCAUCCCACCCCUCAGGAGUCCUCCUUCUAGCUGGGCUGCCCUGGAGCACAAAGACUAUCCCCCUUCCUCCCAGUUAAGGGAGGGGGUGGGGGUUUCAGCCCCACCCUCAGGAAGAUGUGUCUUCCCCCUCCUUUGUUCUGUGGUACUUCCUCUCUGGUUGACUUAGCUGAAAGCACUCAUACCAAGGCCCACGCCUCCGACACUGGGACAGAUCCAGAUUAAGCUAUACCACCUUGCCCUGGCUCUGGGAUUGGCAUCAGCUUUCAGCUGUUUGGCAAAGCUUAUAAGUCAUUGUGAUGGCCACGAACACUACAUCUCCUGCUGCAUCCUCCUCACGAAAUGUCAUGUUCAUAUCUCUGUUGGCUAUCAUCUUACUGUCAAUUGCACUGGCUGUGGGGCUUCCUGGCAAUAGCUUUGUGGUGUGGAGCAUCUUGAAAAGGAUACACAAACGCUCUGUCACUGCCUUGCUGGUGUUGAACCUGGCCUUGGCCGACUUGGCCGUAUUGCUCACUGCUCCCUUUUUCCUGCACUUCCUGGUUCAUGGCACCUGGAGUUUCAAAUUGGCCGGCUGCCGCCUGUGCCACUAUAUCUGUGGAGUCAGCAUGUAUGCUAGUGUGUUGUUUAUUACAGUCAUGAGUCUGGACCGGUCACUGGCAGUGGCCCGUCCCUUUAUGUCCCAGAAGCUGCGCACCAAAGAGAUUGUCCGGCCGUUGUUGGCAGCUAUCUGGGUGGUGUCCUUUUUGCUGGCCACGCCAGUUCUUGCAUACCGCACGGUGAGUUUGGGAUUGAACAACAGGAGCCUGGUGUGCUUCCCGAAGUACCCCAACGAAAGGCACAGGGCAUUUCAUCUACUCUUCGAGGCCUUCACCGGCUUCCUGCUGCCCUUCCUGGCCGUGGUGGCCAGCUACUCCGACAUCGGGCGCAGGCUGCGGGCGCGGCGCUUCCGUCGCAGCCGCCGCACGGGCCGCUUGGUGGCACUCAUCAUCCUGGCCUUCGCCGCUUUCUGGCUGCCCUACCACUUGGUGAACCUGGCCGAGGCGUUCCGCGCAUUAGCGGGUCUGCGCCCUGGGUCCGGUCCCGUCGGGGAGCGGCUGCAGCUGGCCCGCCACGUGCUCAUCGCACUGGCCUUCCUGAGCAGCAGCGUGAACCCGGUGCUGUACGCGUGCGCAGGCGGCGGCCUGCUGCGCUCGGCCGGCUUGGGCUUCGUUGCCAAGUUGCUGGAGGGCACCGGCUCUGAGGUGUCCAGCACACGCCGCGGCGGCACCCUGGUCCAGACCGUAAAGGGAGCCAUUCCCUCUCCGGAGCCUGCACCCGCCGAGAGCAUCACGGCCUCCUCUGAGCCUCUCCAAUGAAGCUAACUAUAUGAGAUCUGGUGGAAGGAAGCUCGCUUUCCUCCUCGGAGAAUCCCACGCUUGCCUGACCCAGUUCUGUACCCGGGGAGAAGAAUCUGCGCGGGAGACCGGGUGGGGCGGAAAGAAGAGGGUGGGGUGGGGCAAGUCAGGGCAGAAUGAGAGAGCAUUCUCUGGCCAGAUUCCUGCAGGAAGCUUUACAAUUAAAACUCAAGUCUGAAAUCGCGUCAACCCUGUGAGUGGGGGCACGUGUGUUAUGGGGUGUAGGAGUGCUCACAGGCAUCAUGGUGAGAUUCCUCUCAAUUGUUGAGAGUCACAUUCUUUAGUUCCCCGUGAUUUCCAGUUUUGGAAAGAGAACAAAAGGAGAUUCUGAGGUAGGUGAUCUGCAGAUCCCACUUUGAACAGCGUUCACAGACUACUGAAGGAGACUGUCAAAAAAGACCACCCAUGUAGGCUUCUCAUUGCAGGCUUAUGACUCAGGGAACCUUCUGAGAUAAUGGGCUGCUGUGAAACAUCUUCCCUGACACCCUGGUAAGUGUCCUUGUUAAGUGUCCAGCUUCCUGCUAGGAAUCUUUAUCCUCUCAGCAGAUGGUCUAGGGCAUUACCUUCCUUUCCUCCAUUUCCCAAGGAGUUCUCAUUUGAGAUGAAAGUCAUUACAUCUUGUCCCCUAGAAUUCUGCACAUCAGCAUCUACCAGCCCCACAAUAUACCCUGGUACAGAGUGAGCCUGAGGGCCCUCUGUGGCUAUGGUCACCCACAGGAAACAAAGACUCCCCUAAGCUAGUACUUCAUAGGGGUGACUGUUGUCUUGGAGCACCUUUGGCCCAGCUUUGUUCUGAUGACAUUUUAGGAUGAUGACAGCAGCAGCGGCAGUGCUGUGUUCUGUGGAUCCUCCCCAUAAAAAACAAGACAAAACAAGCAAACAAACAAACAAAGAACCAAUGUGAGUCCGAGAGAGAGAGAGAGAGAGAGAGAGAGAGAGAGAGAGAGAGAAUAGCAAAACCGAAAGUCCAUGCGCAACAUCUGUAACAAAUGCAGAGUAUUAAGAUAUCUCCUGUGGAUUUCAAAAUAUGAGCAGGCGAGAAUGAAGCAUUGAUCUAAAUCACAUGUUUUAUAUCAGCAUUUGCAUAGAAAGAUGCAGAAGCAAGCAAGGCAGGCAUCCAAUGGCCCUGAGUACAGGAGAACCCCUAAAUUGUCUAUAGGUCUUUACAAGAAAGCAUGGUGGGACAAUUUGAAAAUAGCAGCUGAGACUGGAAGGAACCUAAUAGAUUAUUUUGUAGGCCUCUUGCCCAUUCUGCAUUUAUGUUGAAUGAAUAAAAGUUCAAUGUCAUUUUCCUGGAAA